AUGACCACCACGACCACCUACAAGGGGAUGGACCCCAGCGGGCGAAGCAGUUCCAGGUCGGUUUGACCGUUUCCCGGGGACCGUUUCCUUGGUUUCAUAUCUAUAUAUACGUCGCCGCUUCCCAUCCUCCGCUUUCCCCCUUCCUUUCCCUGGACAGUGUGGGGAGCGGGCCAGAGCCCAUGUCUCUUGGGUUGUCGGCGGCGGCGGCGGUUCUUCCGUUCACACGUGGUUGCUGCCGGACACGUGAAGCCCCCCACCAACGCGGGUUAGAGAACAGGGUGUUGGGGAGGGGGGUCCUCCGGUGGGCCUGGGAGGGUCUUGGGAGCCAGUUCCGCUUGGCAAACGGGGAUCCUGGUUCGCGGCCGCCCGAGGCUUUUCCUGGGUGGCGAAGGGGUCGUCCGCACGAGGCCACUACACGGGUGUGGGCGCUUCAGGCGCACAGAGACCGCGGGUGGCCUAUUGUCAUGCCGCGGCUCCGGGACUUUCCUCCCGGCGGUCCACACCCACACACCGCCUGGAUGCGUCUCUAGGGCGGGUGGGCAGGCAGGAGCCGCCUUCCCUUUUAUGUCUGCCAGGAUGCCUAGAAGACAGGCGUGGUGCCGUCCAGCUCUCCGCUGCUGGAAGUGGGGAGCCGGCGGUCCGCCUUUUCUCUCCUUCGAGGCCUCGCUCGCUUUUCCGGACCUGUGUCGUACUUGCCUUCCCCUUUGUAUGCUGCGAUCGUCGGGAAGAAGCCCCUGCUUCUCGGCUUCGGAACUGCAGAUUGUUGGGAAACGGGGAAAUGACGCACCAUAUUGCUUGGGGUGGGGGGGGGCUGGAGCUUUUAUAAGAGGAUAGUUUUAUGGGGGGGGAAUGUUUUUGUGCAUGUAGAGAAUAGGCCUCUUACACCCCCCCCCAAAAAAGAGGAUUAGCCACGAGGCUUUAGUUUAGUACAGUACAGUACUGUCUGCUUUCCGCCACGACGGAUAAGAUUCUUUGGCUUGCGAGGGUGGGAGCCGCACCCAGCCCGGAAUCUGCUCGGGGGCCGCGGAGCCUUUCGCUUGCCACAGCUCUUUCCCUUCUUCUCCCCAAAGAAACAGCUGCGGGGCGGGGGCGCGCUCUUGAGGCUUGGCCGUGUCAGACUCGCUCAGCAGAUUGAUCCGUGUGCUUCUGCUUCCCAGCCUAACAAAGGAGGCUGCUACCCCUCCCCGAUCAACAGGAUUAGGUGCUCCCCAAACCCUUUUGCGUCACCCCUGGCACCGUUUCUUGGCUUCCUUUUUGUCUGGUUGUAGAUCUCGGCAGCGAAUAUCUUAAUCUGGCGUGGUUUCUGUAAGUGAUUCCUCGCGCUGGGUGGGGCUUGAGCACACUUCUAUUGUCUAGCAUCUAUGACCAUCUCUACCUGUUAACUCGAGGCUUAGAAGCCGGGAGCAAGUCAGCAACUUCUGUAAUCCUCUGGAAGGCUGUCUCUAUCUUUGGUCCAACUUCUGCCUGUAGAGGAAGACUUGAUCUUGAAAGGCAUGAAGGUGUAUGGAGCUUAUUGCACACUGUUGCUUUAAAUGGAUUAGAUCUUAAGCAUGUUCUGGUGCUGCAACUUUGAAUAUCUUUUGUAUUGGUCAGUACUCUGCAUGCUGCAUGGCUUGCUUUUGGGAUUACAAAGUGGGGGCAUUGGAAGUGGAGGAAUAACUCUGGUUCUUCAGAACUAAUUUUUGAAAAAAUGCCUUUUUGGUGAACAAAGGAAGUAAGUUGGGGUGUGAAUUAUUAUCAGUUGCAUUGCAAAAUUGAGAGAGAGGCCAAGUAGUCAUGUGGUUGGGAAUCCAAAGGCCCCAAACUCUAAUGUGGCACUCAGAGUGCCCCUAGUUUAUGUGUAGAGAGGUAGUAUAAAAAGCUUGGCAGGAGAAGUAAUUGUUUUCUGCCUUGUUAGCUCCCAUGGGAGUCAGUGGGAGAAGAAUUAACUGCACCAGGUUCUGUCAUGGCAUAGACCACGGGUGGGGGAUCUUUUUCAUUCCAAAGGUUGCAUUUCCAGCUAGGCUACCUCCCAGGACCUUAUGCCAUUGGCAGAUGGAGCCAGCAACAGAUGUGGCAGGCAAGAGGCAUUAUCACAGUACAAGGCUUUGUACUUUUGGAAGAUGCCCAAGGGCCAGAUAAAAGGGCUUGGAGGGCCACUGUAGGCUCCAGAUGUGAGGAUCCUCAUCCCCAGAGUAGGCUUUUGGCAUGUCCUUGGAGCGGGGUGUUGGAUCUGGUGUGUGUUGAGUCCAUACCUUGCCCAUGACUACACCCCAUUUUGGGGAUUUGCACAAAUUGCGCUUGAACUCUGGUAGUAGAGCAAUUUAGCCAGUGGCACCUUUCUGCAGUACAGUAGUACCUCAGGUUACAGACGCUUCAGGUUACAGACUCAGCUAACCCAGAAAUAAUACCUUGGGUUAAGAACUUUGCUUCAGGAUGAGAACAGAAAUUGGGCGGCAGCGGCGGGGUGGCAGCGGGAGGCCCCAUUAGCUGUAAUGCGCCAUAUUUGUAUAUCAUUUAUUUCCAGCUUAUUAAUUUCAUUGCACACACACUCCACACCAGGAGUGGAGAACUUGUGUCCUCCAGAUGUUGCAAACUACAGCUGCCAUUAUUUACCUUCCUGGCUGGGGAUGAUGGUUUUGGAGUCCAAGUACAGCUCUAGCGGAACAGAUUGCACACAUCUGCACUAGAAACCAACUGAAGCAGUAUUUUAUUUUUUUAAAAAAGCACUUGUACAGACACCUCUGGUGAAUAAGAAUAGCCUCCAGGCAACAAGACUGGAAAGGUUUAUUACCCUUGUUUCUCUGCACACACCCUUCUUUUGUGCCAUAAAUGACUGAGCACAUAUUCACAAACACACUGGUUUCUUUGUAAGACAGUAACUAUUGUAAAAGGCAGAAGUCACAUUUGAUAAACGUAAGUUUGUUAAUGCCUGAAAGUUUUUUCCUCCCCUGUGUCUGGUUGGUGGUUGUUAGUACUAUCAAAAUGGCCUACAAUUAAAUCUACUGAAUGAUGUAAUUUGGAAUAGGGGAGGUGUUUGUGGUAGCUUUUUCUAGUUAGCAGCAGUUUGUUUGUUUCAUUUGUAUCUCACCUUUUCUCCUAGGAGCUGGGAAACCCAGCCAGAUGGGCGGGGUAUAAAUAAUAAAAUUUUGUUUUAUUUUUUUAUUAUUAUUUGGUGGUGUAUAUUACUCCCCUCCUCAUUUAAUCCCCUCAACAACCCUGUGAGGUAGGUUAGCCUGAAAGGCAAAGACUGGCCCAAGGUCACCCAGUGAGCUUCAGGCUGAGUGGGGAUUUGAACCCAGGUCUCCCAUGUCCUCGUCCAGCACCCUAACCACUGUGCCAUGCUGGAGGUAAGCAUGAACUCAGGCAUUAAGAGUUCAACACUCUAACCACUACACCACACUGGCUCUAUUCCAAGUUCCAGGCUCUUGCCUCUAAGGGAAGGGUGGCAUAAAGGAUCUGUAGGUGCACUCUGAAGCUAGCUGAUGGUAAAGGCAUCAGUCCACCGAAGCAGCCCUUCCAUUCCUUCUUUAGCUUUGUCUGUUUGACUGCUGAGCCCUUUCCACUUUAGCAUGAAACAUUCCUACAUAAAAAUGAGUUCCAUAUGUACUCUCCCUUUGUGGAGUAUCUCCCAUUGGGGAACAUAAGAGCUUUAGGUAAGCUUAUGACAGCUUCCUGUGUGUGAAGAUAUGAAAUACAUAUUGCAAGAAAAAUGGUGAUGAUACAGUACAUGGAUUCCCUUGCAGAAACUACCGUACUUUUUAAAAGAAUAAUACAUGUAGGAUUCCUUCCAGUGCUUGCGUUGAGUGCUCUUUUUGCACUCAGUCACGUUCCACCCACCUGUCGGUUGUUAAGGAAGAUAAGUCUUACUUUUAAAGUUUGGUUUAUCACUCAUUUCAUUUAGGAACAACUCAUAUGAUAUAAUGUGUGGACGACUUCCAAAUUGCCUUGGAUUGGAUUUAUAAUGGCACAGCUCAUGUAUGGGUCAAAAAACCUUACUUUGUCACAGUCACUUGUUAUUUAAUUCAAAAAGUUGCCUUAAUGAAAUUGACUGGUAAUUGUUGGGAGGUACAACUUUCUUGUUCUAGUCUAUAGAAGCAUCUAAAAUAGGCUUCUAUAGAAGGUUUGUAUGCUAAACUCCCACGAAAUUGCGCAGUCAUAUGGAGGAUGGAGCAAGCUGGUUUACUCCUGCUCUGGAGUCUAGACCCAAAACAGUGGAUUCAAGUUACAAGAAAAGAGAUUCCGACUAAACAUCAGGAAGAACUUUCUGACAGUAAGAGCUGUUUGAGAGUGGAGCAGACCCCCAUGGGAGGUUGUGGACUCUCCUUCCUUGGAGACUUUUGAACAGAGGUUGGAUGGCCAUCUGUCAUUGAGAUUCCUGCAUUGCAGGGGGCUGGACGACCCUAGAGUCCCUUCUAACUUGCAGGUCUAUGAUUUCGUUUUCUUGAUGUAACUAGUCAAGGGUGUGUGAUUGGUGUGUACUAGGUAACUCCAACAUACAAGGGACACAGACCCUGGCAGUGUUGAUGAUGCUUUGCCAGGUGGUGUGUUGGCUUUCCAACAUCCAGGUGGAUGACACAGCCAAAAAAGAUACCCUAGUCGAAUUCCUAUUCUGCAGGUUAAUAGGCAGGCAUGUGAAUUGUUUGCAGCAUGACCUAGAGAUGUUAGCUGUGCCAUAAGAGUAUUCAGUGACAAGAUGUGCAAACCUUAACACCUGAAGUACACUAUAUUAUAUCUAACAUCUAGUUCAAAGGACCUACAGUGAUAUGCUCUCUAAUGCACACUCCACCCUCUAAUGCACACUGCAAGGCUAGCAGUGUUUAAUGCUGCUGAAGUCAGGUAUGAAGUAUGGCACAGUGAGUUGCUUGUUGAUCCAGACUAUAGCUAAGGCAUGUUAUCAGGACAGCAUGGGAAUUAGAAAUUACUGAUCUUAAAUUUCAGAUUCCUGAACUAUCCUCCAGUCUGACCUUGUCCUUCUUUGCUUCUUUCUCAUAGAUACUAAGUGCCCCACUUUUGGAAAGUUUCAGCAACAGCUUUCAGUUUACUCUGAAAAUCGUUGGGCUAACCUGCUACUUUAAUGCCCUCUUUUUGCACUGGUAGGCUACACUGUAGAUGACAAUGCUGUAAACAUAACUCUCGGGUCUCUAUUUCUAGAGUUCUUCGUCCACCAGGUGGUGGUUCCACGUUCAACAUGGGAUUUGAUCUGCCAAAAGAACACCAAAACACAAGAAGACACAAGAUGGCAUCCAAUAUCUUUGGGACUCCAGAAGAUAAUUCAUCCUCCUGGGCUAGCUCAACAGGUGAAACAACUACUUCUCAUUCUUUAAAGGGGUGCCCAUGGUUGAAUAUCUGGAUUCGGGUUUUCUGACUGUGCUUCCUGGCCUUGUUUUGGAGCUGUAAAAUAGUCUUUGUAAAACAAUUUAAAAAAUAACUGGAGAGAGGAUAACUUGCAGUGUAGGCUUGUCUGUACUUGAAUAGUCGCUGAUGGGUGGAAGCAUGAACUACUUCCUCGGUUAGGAGGAGCUGCAGCAUGUGGAAGUAGCGUUGAGCAAUUUUUGGCUUCAGUUUAUCCUGUUCACAAUCUCUUGGCACUGGGGCAAGUCCUAGCCUGUUUACAUGCUAACUCCUGUGACCCUGUUCUAAGCCGUGGUGUACUAGCACACCAGUGGCUAUUUCACUUACAGUACUAGCUGCAUGUACUCGGCAGGCAUUGGGAAAACAUUAAUGGUGCUGUAGUGGCAGAGUAAAUACUAGCAUUCAAUCUGUUUCUAAUGUGCCUAUGAGGGUGUCUCUAUAAAUGAAGAAAACUGCAUGAAAUUUCGAUACAGAACAGGUCAAGAGGGUCAUUGUUAGGUCAACUGGUUGAAUGUGCAAAAGUACUUGUACUAAGCUUAAACUCAUAGCAGAUGUUCAAGAUUCAGAAACAUUUUGAAUAGGGAGGUGUUGGGACUGUGCUAGAUGAGGUAUGUGUUAAGCAGGUAACAAAGAAUUUUUGGGCCAGUUCAUUGUCUCUGGUUGUUGCUUAGAAAUAUUGUACAUGAUUUUAUUAUUUGGGGUAUCUGCUUUAAGUACAUGUUACAGUGACAAUUUAUUCACAGCAUCCAAGCCCAGCGAUGUCAGUGAAAAUUCCGAAGCUCCUGGGUCACAAAGAAGAAAUUCUUCUGAUGCAAUCUCUGGUGACUUCGUGGAUCCAAAGGUAAGAGCUGCUCUUUCUGUAAAUUGAGAAUAUUAAAAUGGUGGCAGAGCUGCUCAACCUUCAGAGGGCUGGCUUUGCUCUUAUUUUGUUACCUUCUUCCUCAAAGGAAGGUAUACAUGAAGAUAUCCCUAGUUCUUGAUAAUUACAUUUCAAGCACAGUGCUGCUCUGAAAACACUGCCUCUGCUUACCAUUUGAAGCAGAACUCCAAAGACAUUAAUAGCAUAGCAGAUUAACAUAAAACUAAAACAAACUGAUAGCACUUUGGAUCAGGCCAGUGGCCCAUAUACACCAGCAGCAUCCUGUUCUCAUAGUGAUCAGCCACAAGCAUAAAAUACCUGCUUUGAGUAUUAGGAGUGUUUGCUUCCUAUUGAUGGUACCUUGUACACUAGUUAACAUGUGAACUGAUAGUUGUGACUUCAGUCAACAUGUAUGAGUCUAGAGUUUCCUCUAAUUUUGGACAAGGUGGCUCCUAUGUAUGCUAGUGCUUUUUUGAAGAUAAGUUAACUACCCCCAAAUUUGGGUUUAUAUAUCAGAUUGCUAGGUAAUUAGUAAUCAUAGGUUAGCCUAUACUAGGGAUGUACUGCUCCUAGCAUAUUUUCAUCCUGAUUCUCAACUAGUGGUAGGCUGGUAUGUUUUGUUAUGGGCUUGUAAGUUUCCUUUAUGGCACAUGUUGCUGAAGUCAGGAAGUGACCUUCCGGAAACCACCCCCUUGGGUAUGUUUGGUGGCCUGUUAUGGGAGUACCUUCCCUGGUAGGUUAUUCUACAUGGGAAAUGACUGGAUGAAUGAGCCAGUCAUUCUUGAUGCUGCAGAAUUACCAGCCCUUUGUAGAGGCUGACUGGAAGUAGGCAGCAGGGAAAAUCAGUAAAACAUAGCCAUGCAAUGGUCAGUUUCUUCUCUUAAAUGGGUAUUCAAGUCUCACAGACACUUGGUUUCUUCUGGACAUCAGCAGUUUCCUCCAGGUAUGUUAGUAUGCCUCAACUCACAAAUUGGAAAUUACUGUAUGUACUCAAGUAUAAGCCGACUUUUUCAGCACAUUUUUUUAUGCUGAAAAAGCCCCCCUUGGCUUAUACUCAAGUGAGGGUCCUUUUGGGCUGCUCCUUCCUCCUCCUCUGCCUCUGCCGCUGUCGGCGGCGGAGGAAGGAGCAGCCCGAAAGCAGCCCUUUUGGGCUGCUUGUUCUUCCUCCGCCACUGCCGCCACCACCAGGUUUGUGGUGUGGUGAACCGGCUUAUACGCGAGUCAGUAGGUUUUCCCAGUUUUUUGUGGUAAAAUUAGGUGCCUCAGCUUAUAUUCGGGUUGGCUUAUACUUGAGUAUAUAUGGUACCUGUCUUACAAAUUGGAAAAUGUAUCCCCACCAGGAUUGAGUUUUUCCCCAUAAAACUCAAACUACAGUCAUUGUUUCAGAAAUCAGGUUUCUGCUAUUGACAAAUAUGCUUACUUUAUAUUGGCUCAGCUAAAGAAGUGAUCUUUGUUGGUUGAUGUCAGCAAAGGUAGAAUUAACAUUGGCCUUUUUUUAUUAUUAUUGCAGGGCGGGGAAGGUGAGGCUCCUGGUAAGUACUUUCUCCUCCUUACCUGUAAAUAAGCGAAAAGAAAAUUCAUUUCCGGCUUGGGUGGAUGUGUACACUGAUGUGUGUUGGAGUCUGAAAGGGUAAAUGUGGAUCAAGAUGACUUUUGAGGAGAGGUGUCUUCAUAAUGAAGACCUAUCUGUCAGCUCUGUGGCCUCUUCGUCUUGCAUAAGAUUUUACCUGGUUGCAGUUCACACAUGAAUAAAUGUAAAACAUUUUAAUUUUUAGGUGUAGCUGGGGUGCACCUGCCACCACAUACAAUAAGUGAAUAGAAUGUGCAUGUAUACCUCAGCAGGCAUGAUUCAUUGGAGUUCUGUAGGGAUUUGUGAACAUAGAAUGGCGUAAAUAUGUCCAAUUCGUGUAUGUGUUGUGUAUGGUGGCAGACAUGCUGAAACUAAGUUUAAGAGGAAAUUGCUGCCAAAUUACACAGAAAGGAGCAGGAUGGAAAUGGGAGGGGUGGGUUUUUUUUGUUUUCAAACAUGAGGAACUAUUAAGAGUGAAGCUAGAGAGAGACUUCCAUAGCACCUUUAAGGUUGAGUGUUCCUUUUACUCCCAACGUUGUGUGGUGAAUAAAGAGCUGUCAUUUGUAGAUCCAUAACUCUAUGAGACCUACAACAUAAACUGUACUUUGAGAAGGCUGCAUGUGAGUGUGUGAUGUGACUAGUGGGCUUGGGUAACUUACAAGUUGUCCAACAAAUUAGGCAAGAGACUUCCAACUUGAAAACCUGCCUUAACGAAUUGGGGUCCUUCCCCUAAUUCUGUAGAGUUCCUGUUGGUGGUGGUUUGUCUGCUAAUGGCACAAAAAAUGCCCCAGCUACCAUGUGAAGGCUCCUAGCUAUACUAAAGCAAUCCAGAAUUACCACACUCAUUUUGUUGGGGAAAUGGAGUGAAUAGAAUGGAAUUAGUCUGGUUUUCUGUCAAGCAGAACAGGUACUCAUGAUGCUUAAUGUAUUGUGCACAUGAGUACCUUCCAUCAGCUGUGAAAUAGCACGCCUCUUUGUCUGGUAGCCAGUUAUCAUUACUCACUUGAUCUCUCUGCAGGAUUCUUGUAGACCUUUGCCUUCUCCUAGCUGACUUUUUAUAUGCAUGGGACAGCUUUCUAAGAUGACUGAUCUUCAGAAUUUCAGCAGAUAGCCUUAGCUGUCUAGUGCACUCCAAACAUAGUUAGCCUCAAUCAGUGUUCAGUGAAAAUGUUUCUUAUAAGAGCUGGAUAAGAGGGGGUUUUUCAACCUGUGGUUAAUCAUCCAGAAAUCUGCCAGUUGAAGUAGAUUUCAGAAUCAAGGUCAGAGAGACAACCUGGCAACCUGAAAGUGAAAUAAACCCCAAUUUGGCACUCCCAUUUAAAACCUACACCUUAUAGUCCAAGAAUGGGAUUGCAACAUGCCGCAGGAAGGGCAGGUGUAAGGCCACUGAUAGAUCUGAGCCUUGGGUAGCUUAAUGUCUGAGACUAAUAGCCAUUGUGGAAAUGAACAGCAAAGGUGGCUGGAUGAAUUUACAGCAGAAAGAUUAUAGAAAGAGCUUGAAGAUAGCAAGCAGCUAUAGUUCGGAAACCUAUUCUACAUUAAUUUUGAAAAAUCUAAUUUAUCUGAUUUUUCUUCCUGGAAAUGUGAUGGUAUUAGGACAGUGAAUUAUUUGUAUGUUGGCAGGUAGGAGUUCCUGAGUAAAGACUAAACAAUAAUGGUUUUAAUUACAUGCAUAUGCAGGAAUUCUAUCCGUGCAGCCAGUCAUUAGUGUGGUGUCUAGAUUGUAAUAACCAGGCUUGGCAGAUUGUUUGAAAGCUUUGGUUGAAACAUCUUUGGAAAAGCUGCAUACCAAGGAGUUUCUAAACUAUCUGGCUAGGAUGUAUGAUGUACUUAGUUCUGUGGCCAAAUGGCACAUUAAAUCCUGUUCGACAUGCUGCCUGCAUUCAAUUUCACAACACAACAUUAAUCCUUACUCUUCUGCAUAUAGUGUGUUCUGCUUUUGUUGGAUCUGCUUACCAUAAGCAGGUGCUUCAAUUAAGCAAAUGGUUAGAUGUGAUAAUAAGGCUCCUUGUACAAUGAAUAUUCCCCUAAAGUGCAUAUGCAUAACAUGGAUUGACUGAUGCUCUUUCCUUGCUAAAUUCGCUGGCGUUAACUUCUGUUUUUCCUACUUUUAAAAAUUGGGUUUUUAUAUUGUUGGAGACAAAAAGAAAACACAAGAAAAACGAUAAUGCCAAAAUAUAACAAUGGGGACAAUAAUACAAAUUCAUAAUGCUACUAUAGGACAUUGGGGCUGACUGGUGUUGACCCCUCAAUAAAUCUAAUUUACUCUCGAUACUUGGAAAUACUUAAACAGAAAAGGAGUUUGCUUGGGUCCGACUCCAAAUAAUUUGUGCUUUGCUAUACAUGCAGCUGAGGAAUGGGGAUCCUGUGGCCCUCCAGGUGUUGCUAGAAUUCUGCUUACUCCCAUCAGCCCCAGCCAGCAUGGUCAGUGAUCAGGGAUGAUGGGAGUUGUAGUUCAGCAGCAUCCAGAGGCAACCCUGGACCUUUCCCAGAGACAGUCCUGUACAAGUGAAGCCCACAAAAGAUGCAAGCCCAGAGCAGUGUAUCUGUUGGGCAGCAGUCUUUUCUACUUCCGUUGUUUAAGAUUUGCCACAAAGCCAGUGUUUGUCCAGCAAUAACUUUGAUACAUUGGAGAUUGAAGCAUUCCUCUUUUUUCCCUAUUCCUCCUCUUCUAGAAAACACAGAGGUUGAAAUAGAAGCUGCCUCUGGCCCGAGUGAAGAGAAGCCUGUGCCGGCUGCACCAGUUCCUAGCCCCGUAGCUGCAGCACCUGCACCAUCUAGGAGAAAUCCACCUGGUGGAAAGUCCAGCCUAGUCCUUGGUUAA